AUGGCUGCACCCGCUCCCGCUCGACCCGCGCCGAGCGAUGCCCUGCUCGUCAAGCACCACGUCCUCUUCGCCCUCCGCAACGCUCGCUACCUCCCGACCCCGUACCAGCCAGAGGACAGCAGCAGGAUGACGCUCGCCUACUUCUGCCUCGCCGCCCUCGCCCUCCUCCCCUCGGCCCCCGUCUCGACCCACGACCCACAACUCGCCGCCAUCGACGUCAUGCUCAAGCCUCAGCAACGCCAGGGCUUCCUCGACUGGGUCUACGACCAGCAGCUCCCGCAGGGCGGCUUCCGCGGCUCCGACUCGCUCGCCGCCGCACUCGCCGACAGCGCUCGCGCCCCGAACGACCUCGACCCGCCCCACCUCAUCCAGACCUACACCGCCCUCGUCAUCCUCGGCCUCCUCGACGACGACUACGCCCGACUGCGACGACAAGACCUCGCCCACUUCAUCGGCGCGUGCCAGAACCCGGACGGCUCCUUCUCGCACUUCCCUGGGUGUGCCGAGCCGGGCGACCCUCGCUCGACCUACUCGGCCUUUGCAGUCGCGUCGAUGCUCGACGACUGGACCACCGUCAACGUCGAUUCGGCCCUCGACUUCCUCAACAGCUGUCGGCGGUACGAGGGCGGCUUCAGCCAGCGACCAGGUCUCGAGGCGAAUGCCGGUCCGACCUACUGCGCCAUCGCCUCGUUCUCGCUCGCGGGCCGUCUCGCGUCGCUUGAUCGCCCCGAGCAGCUCCUGCGCUGGCUCGUCUCGCGCCAGGUCCGCCCGCCGCCUCGUCCACCUCGGUCCGAGACGAGCUAUGAGAGCGACGAGGAGGCCGACGAGAGAGGGCGAGAGGAGGAGGAGGAGGAGGACGAGGAGGACGGGCGCAGAGUCGAGGACUCGGCGGGCUUUCAAGGUCGGGCGAACAAGCCGACCGACGCGUGCUACUCGUUCUGGAACACGGCCGCACUCACGCUUCUCCUCCCCGCCAUCGACCCGACCCUCACCCUCUCGAGCAUCGUCGACCCGGCGCUCGACCGCACAUGGCUCCUCGACUGCCAGCACCCCAAGUUUGGCGGCAUCGCGCGAGAACCGGGCGCGCUCCCCGACGUCAUGCACACGUACCUGUCGCUCGCCGCCCUCUCGCUCGGCGACAGCGCGGGCGGCGGCGCGACCCUCGGCCUGCGCGAGCUCGACGCCGCGUGGAACGUGCCGCGAGAGGUGGCGCGGCGCAUGCGGGACCGGCUGCGGCGGAGCGAGAGCGCGAGCAGAGAGGGCGACGGCGCGCAGAUCUAGAGUGAGGGGUCGGACGUGAGAGCGCUCGAGCCGCUUCUGCAACUUGGUCUUUCCUCUCUUU